AUGAACCGUAGUGGAAUUGUGAGAGGAGGAAUCCUCGGGCUGGGCGGAGUGGGUCACCUCGGUGUCAUGAUAGCGAAGGCGAUGGGGCAUCACGUGACGAUGAUAAGCUCCUCUGAUAAGAAGAGAGAGGAGGCGAUGGAGCAUCUUCACGCCGACGCCUAUCUAGUCAGCUCUGACGAGGCUGCGAUGGCAGAAGCUGUCGACAGCCUCGACUAUAUCCUUGACACGGUCCCUGCUCUUCAUCCCCUCGACAUCUACAUUUCGCUUCUCAAAGCGCAAGGGAGGAUGUUGUUAGUGGUGGCACCUCCUCGCCCACUUGACUUUAUCGCUUCGCAUCUCAUUCUCGGGAAGAAGGAUGGAGGGGAGUUUGAUGGGGAGCAUGAAGGAUAUGGAAGAGUUGCUUAA